AGGAGCAUGUCUGCAACUCGAGCCAAGAAAGUGAAGAUGGCCACCAAAUCGUGCCCCGAGUGCGACCAACAGGUUCCUGUUGCAUGUAAAUCUUGUCCUUGUGGUUAUAUAUUUAUUAGCAGAAAACUUUUAAACGCAAAACACUCAGAGAAAUCACCACCUGCUACAGAAAACAAGCAUGAGGCCAAGAGGAGGCGAACAGAGAGAGUUAGGAGAGAGAAGAUAAAUUCUACAGUAAAUAAAGAUUUAGAAAACAGAAAAAGGUCUCGAAGUAACAGCCAUUCAGAUCAUAUCAGACGAGGAAGAGGAAGACCUAAAAGUGCAUCUGCCAAAAAACAUGAGGAAGAAAGAGAGAAACAGGAAAAGGAAAUUGACAUCUAUGCUAACCUCUCUGAUGAAAAGGCUUUCGUGUUUUCAGUCGCCUUGGCAGAAAUAAAUAGGAAAAUUAUCAAUCAAAGACUUAUUCUCUGAUACUUGUCUGCAAAAUCUGUUCCAGCUUUCUUCAGAAUUAUAUCAGCAAAUCCUCAAACAGUUGUGGACUCUCAGGAGCAUCUGACUGCAUCAGUAAGGGCCGUUGAUUGUUUCCCCUAUCAUUUAGCUGGUGCCACAUGUUGGGAGCAAAGCUUGGACUAUUUGGGGAUCUCCUUGUUUACUAAGGAGUAUUGUCAGUGUUUUGUGUUUGGGUUAUAAGCAAGUGUAUUUACAAAAAAAAAAUACUGGAUGGAUGUUAAAGGAUCAAAGGGGUAGGGGUGGGGGUGGAAGGAUGAAAACUAGGGAGAUACAAUGUGUGAUAGUUUUCAGGUUUGCCACCAGAGAUGCAAUAUUUUAAAUACUGUCAGAAAGAGUGACUUUUAAAAAUAUAUAUUUCAGAUUUUUAGCACUAACAGAUUGUAUACAGUUCAUUUACUUUUAGUAAAUUGGCAAUUGCUAUUUUAUUGAAUGGGGAAUUGAGAAUAUAAACUGUAAAUUUUGUCUUAAAUUGAUUUUUUUCUUGGCCUUUAUUUUUAUGACUUACAGUAUGAGUUAUAUUUUAGGAAAUACUUUCUAAACAGUUUGGAAGUUUGGGUGCUAUAUGAAGAAAAACAUUUAAGAAUAUAUCAUACUUCAGAUUUAAAACACCUUGUUUUCUUGAAUGUAAUUUAUUUAUUGGUUAAAAAAAAACUUUUCUGCUCUCAAGAUGGUGCCUGUUAACCUAAACAUAAAAUAUAUUUAUUAUAAUGCAAAAUAUUUCUUAGCCACUUUUAAGCAGUAAUGUUUUAUCUGAAUGGAUAUUCAUUUAUACAUCCUGAUAAUUAUUUAAAUUGUUAAUCUCACUCUGAAAAAUAAAAUAAACAUUAAUAUUGAAACUGAGCAGAUGACAGUGUGUUAUAAA